AGUCAGUGCUGCAUGGAGCGGAGGGAAGCGGGUGCUCUCUGAAAAACACUCCGGCUCUUCUGCGACCUUUCCAUCCGGCACACUGCGACCAAUUCAUGCCGUGAAGCUCUACAUGACUGCCUGCUAUCCUCAGGUGUACCGCUCCGCGUUCGUGCCGUGCAGUGAGAUGACCGACGUGAUGAUCAGCAGCGCUCCAAUGGAGGACAUCCGGCUCAGCCCAAGCAAAGACCGCCUCACUUUCCAGAUCUUUCCAGACCCGUCAGACUUCGAGCGUUGCUGUAAGCUGAAGGACCGCCUGCCGUCCAUCGUGGUGGAGGCAACAGAGGGCGAGGUGGAGAGCGGAGAGCUGCGCUGGCCUCCUGAGGAGUUCCUGAUCAGCCAGGAUGAGGAGGAGGAGGAGGAGGAGGAAGAAGAAGCGAUUGAUGGGAAUGUACAACAGGGACAGCAAACGCAAAGAAAGGACUGAUGUGCACGCACAUACACGAGCAUCAUUUAAGAGUCCUUCAGUGAGAAGAAGAGGAAGGUGACGAGAAAGUGCUGAUCCUGAUCUCACGCCCGGUGCUAAAUUGAAGCUUUACGAAUAUAGCCCACUGAUCAUCAAUCCCCUCGCACCAUGCACGCUCACGUUCUCUGACUGACUAAAAUAACCUCAUGUCGAGUCCCUUUUAAGCCUCAGCACAAGCCAGCAUCGUCACCCAUCAUAACGCAUUCUCGUCUCUCGCUCGCUCUCUCUCGCACUCCUUGUUCUUGCACGCACACUUUCCCUCGCACAUCAGUAUCCAUAUAUAAUUAUGCAUAUGUUCAUCAGUGACUGCGGAGGACUUUGGUUCCUGGAUUUGUUUUUUCGACAAGGGUGAGAUCUCUCACGAAGAACUUAAAGACAUUUUUGGAUGAUCAUUCAGAGCCAGUGUUUGCUUCUUUUGUUUGUUUUGGAUAAUAAUCAUAAAUGUAUUGAUUUUUGGAGGUUGAUAACAUUGUACAGGGUUAAACAGCACUGGUGUUCGGACUGUUCACUUUUCACUGCUUGAAUUAUUUUCCAUGAUGUGGCGAUAAUUGUGUUCGAGCCACGUGUUAGAACGCAGAGAAAUGGAGCCAUGUGGCUGAUUUUCUCUGUGAAGACAAGUGACGAAGCCUCGUCACUUGUCUUGUUUUCGGUUUUCCAUUCAAUACUGUAUGUAAAUAAUUUUUGUAUGCAGAAGUAGUCAUUUUCACUGUGAAUAUCUGCAUGUAGUUGUCUGUCUUUGUACAUAGAGAAGUUUCUUUUCAGCUAGCUAGUGAUUGGCACACAGUGGGAUGGGAGUUCACAAAAAUCCAAAUCGAAUACAAUGAUUUAAUGCUGAUCACAUUGUCUCCCCUUCCCCUUUCUGUUUACACAUCCUUCAUUAUAUUUGAGAGUAAAAUUUCGUAUGCGGAAUGUGAUUGUGAUUUGAAAUGAUCCUCUUCCCUCAGUGGAAAGGUUACAGAAGGUCACCUUGGCACCGAGAGCACCUUUGUAUGUUGAGAUAAUGUCAAGCCUUUUAUUUUAAUUUUUGGUUUGUUUCUUUUCUACUUCCUGGCUUUGGUCUCAGCUUGGGUGUUCUGAUGGGCAAGUGUGUGUGUAAGGGUUAUCUGUGUGAACUGCCUGUAGAUUUGCUCUGUAUUUUAUGUACAGCUCAGGGAGAAUAGCUGCCAUUUUGUCUUUGGUUUUAAUUCCCCCAUCACCACUUUUGUUGUAAAUAAACAUUUGGAACAUA